CCCAAGCUCACCUCUUGCAAUUGGCGUGCUGCGCUAGUGACCCAGAUAUCGCAUGAUGCCAUUCAUGGCCAUGGCUUUUCCCUCAGGCAUGCUCUUCAAGUCCUUUAGUCACCGAACUUAUGGUGUACAGCAUUUAGCAUCACUAGCCGCCAGAAGAGUUGUGCUUUUGAGUUUCAGUUGGCACUUAGAGAACAUCUAGCGUUGCUGGAUACACCCGCGAAGCACUUACGAGCGUGGACCUCAGGAGAUCCCAAGAGGGAAUAAGCUGGGAGGAGCUGGUACAUGUUGAAAAUGCUGAAAGGAACUAUGACAUGUUGACUGAAUGCCGUCUUGAACUGCUGGGCGUUCUGCUAAACUGAUUGAGGGUUUUAAGAGAGGUUCUGAACAUGGCUGAUUGAAGGAGCGCCCAAACGCCUCGGCCCUCGAAGGAAAUCGCAGGGUUGUCACAAUGGCGGCGCAAGUUAGUCACAGAUGGACUCUGUUCUGGGCGCUGCUGCUCGGUGCCUUAGUAAAUGUGGUGCGGGCAGAGACGAACAGGAAGCUGCUGGGCGCUGCAGGGGUCGCGGCGGACACCUGUCAUUGCGAGAAGGUGUACUGGGCCAUCGACGACAGCUUUGCCAGGUGGCAGCUCGUGAGCGACUUCUUCAUCGCCGUGGCCUACUUCUCGAUCCCGGUGGAGCUCAUCUACUUCGUGCACAAGAGCCAGGUGUUCCCGUUCAAGUGGAUCCUCUGGCAGUUCGGCGCGUUCAUCAUCCUGUGCGGCCUCACUCAUCUCAUUGCAAUGUUCUGCUACGGUCCCCACAGCUACACCAUCAUGCUGGUUCAGACGACCGCGAAGGCGCUCACCGCUUUCGUGUCGUGCGCCACGGGCGUGACGCUCAUAUACGUCAUCCCGGAGCUGCUGUCACUGAAAGUGCGCGAGCUGUUUCUGCGGACGAAGGCCGCCGAGUUGGACCGCGAGAUGGGCAUCAUUCGGACGCAGGAGGAGGCGAACCGGAGCGUGCGCAUGCUGACGCACGAGAUCAGGUCGACCCUGGACCGGCACACCAUUCUGCGCACCACUCUAGUUGAGCUGGCGCGCACGCUGGGCCUGGAGAACUGCACCAUCUGGAUGCCCAGCUGCAACGGCCGCAUGCUGGAGCUCACGCACGAGCUCGAGCGCCGCCUCGUGAACGUGCCCACUCUAGUUUCCGUCACCGACCCCACGGUCCUGCAGGUGGUCAACACGCGGAGCGCGAUCACGGUGCCGGCGAGCAGCGCGAUCGGGGUGGCGAGCAGCAGGAAGGGCGUGCAGGGACAGGACCUUGCCCCUGUUGCCGCCGUGCGCCUCCCCCUCCUCGAACUCGCCCACUUCAACGGCGAGGGACACUUCGCAGCCCAAGAAGAAUCCUUCGCGCUCAUGGUGCUGGUCCUCCCGAGCACGAGCGCCCGCGUGUGGCGACCACACGAACUAGAGAUGGUGGAGUGUGUCGCCGACCAGGUGGCCGUCGCGCUGAGCCACGCGGCCGUGCUCGAGGAGAGCCAGCGAGCGCGGCAGAAGCUGGUGGAGCAGAACGCGGCGCUAGAUGCGGCGCGGCGGGAGGCGGAGUCGGCGAUCCGGGCGCGGAACGACUUUCUGGCGGUGAUGAACCACGAGAUGCGCACGCCGAUGCACGCGGUGAUCGCGCUCUCGUCGCUGCUGAACGAGACGGAGCUGAGCGAGGAGCAGCGCAGCAUGGUGGACACCGUCGUCAAGAGCGGCACCGUCCUCUCCACGCUCAUCAACGAUGUCCUCGACUUCUCGCGCCUCGAGGACGGCAGUCUGGCCCUCGACCCUCGGCCGUUUGAGCUGCACACCGUGUUGCGAGAGGCGGAAAACUUAGCGGGCCCGAUGGCGCGAGCGAAGAACCUCAACCUGAGCGUGCACAUAGACAAGGACGUGCCGGCAUGCGUGGUGGGUGAUGACAAGCGGCUGCUGCAGACGCUGCUCAACCUAGUUGGGAACGGGGUCAAAUUUACGGAAAAGGGUUCGGUGCGUCUAAGCGUCUCGGUAGAGCGCCCCGGGCGAAAACCGGACCCGGGGGAGCCCGCAUGGCAACCACGGCACGAGGGGGGCAGCAUUUACGUACGCAUAAGCGUGCAGGAUACGGGGCUGGGGAUCCGGCCAUCGGAUAUCCCCAAGCUCUUCAAAAAGUUCGUGCAAGCGGAUAGUACCACGACGCGCAACUACGGGGGCACGGGGCUGGGGCUCGCGAUUUGUCAGAAGUUUGUCGAGUUGAUGCAAGGCCAGAUAUGGAUACGGAGCGACGGCAUCGGAAAGGGCGCCACGACGACCAUGGUUGUGCGCCUCGGGUUGCAGCCGCUAAGUCCGCUGGUGGCCAACACUAGUGGGGAGCGCGCGAGCACGACCGCACACGAGGCGGCCGCGCUGGUCGGGUUGCGGAUACUGGUGACGGACGACAACUCGGUGAACCGCAUCGUGACGCGGCGGCUGCUGGACAAGCUAGGGUGCAAGACGACGCUGGCGGAAUCCGGCGAGCGGUGCCUCACGGAACUGGCCAAGCCGGGGGCGGACUUCCAGAUCCUGUUCCUAGACCUGUGCAUGCCAAUCAUGGACGGCUACACGGUCAAUGAGCGGAUACGCGAGCGCUACCCGCCCGGCAAGCGGCCGCUCAUCAUAGCGCUGACGGCCAACACGGACAAGAAGACGCGCGACCAAUGCCUGCACCAGGGGAUGGACGGAAUCGUCCUCAAGCCCAUCACGCUCAAUGAGUUGCGUGACGUCAUGUGCGCUCUGUUUGCGAACUCCGCGGGUUUCACGCGGUUACCGGCCGAAGGGUACGGGUUCAAGAACAUUUAGUGGGGACAGUCAAAACGCAUGGUUGGAAAACGCGGAUCAAACACACAUUUACUGGUACGGUCGUUGCUUCCGUGCAAAGUUCGUGCGGGUGCAUCAACCGAUCAGAGAAGGAAUAAGAGGGUGUGAGCAACACGAUUCCGGUGUGCGUUCUCCAAUUGUUUUCUUCAGUCAAGUGGCCGCCGGCGCGCGCGCCUUGCUUAGAACUCGCGGCGGCGCUCGCCGCUAGGUGUUUUCUUGUUUCGAGGACUGAGGGUAGGCGGGUGUGGGAGUGCGGGGCUCGAAAGUUGGGUGGAAGUGUUGUGAAUUCGAAGCAUGCAAAGAACCGUAGAAGUCGGAUACGAGUCACGUGAUCAGCCUUCAAACGUAGAAGCGACGAGCAUAUAGAGGAUAUUUGGCACAAAGACACGCUUGGAUCCAAACAACUGCGACGUCGAACAGAUUGGCUGGAACAUUAAGCUAGAGCUAGGCAUACGAGAUCCUCGGAUCCGAACACAGCGUAUGACUACGCUCUUGUGUCAAGCUCCAAAGGCGACGAGACUUUUGCUAGUUGUACACAGAGAUUGACUGUAGAAUACGGUAAUUGAUUUGUCAUGCGCAGGAGAUUAGCUAGUCAAGAUAGUCAGGCGGCAUAAUACUCUGAAAGGCCUUCGUCUCAACAUCGGAGUCAAGAUGUGAUAGACGUGACCGGUGCGUGCGACUUGACGAAAGACUCGUUCUGCAAUCGCCUAGUAGGAUGAAGAUGCGAACUUAGCUGCCAGGAAACGAGUGUAAAGACUACUGGAUUGGCGCAUUUUCAAGAAGUCACAUGCUGGCGCGUGUGCUGGC